AUGUCAUCAGGAACAAGCAGAGGAUUUAGUCUGAGAAAUGGUUUCCAAAGAUACUUUUCAAGGAAUAAUCCUCAGAAUUAUAGGUUUCCCAUUCCAAGGCAGCAAACGCCAUACUCAUACGCAAAAAUUGCUGAGUAUAUUGAGAAAGACUUAAGCAAAGCCGAAGUUUUCUACAGGCAAGCUAUAGAAGAUGGAGAAAGGCCAGAGUCAGCAUUAAAAGAUUUAGCCGGGGUUUUACAUCAACAAGGAAAAACCAAAGAAGCCUGUGAGCUCUUAGAAAGCCACAAACACUUGUUUGUGUCUGACCAAACUCGAUAUGAAAAUUUGCUAAAAAACUUGCAAAAACAAAUUUUUCCUUCACAAAACACAUUUAACAAAGCAGUCAAAAUUAAUGGGCUUGGAAUCAUGUCAGACGAGCUCACAAUCCGUGGGAUGUUUCAGAAUGCAUCAAGAAUUCUUCAUAUAGAAAUAGGCUCCGAAUUAGACUCAAAUGGUAAAAAUAAAUAUGCUGUAGUGAGAUUUGCAAGCCACUCAGCAGCGAGGAAAACCUUAGAAGGGCUAUUAGACAUGACCAGAUAUAUACUAAUUGACCAAGAAUAGCCCACUAAGGAGCCAUUCUUGGUCUGCCAGAAAAAAUUUUGACAAAAGAUCCUAAUCUGCCAUUACCACUGAGUUUUGGUGUUUCCAAAUUUCUUGGGCAAGCCAAAUGCAAUAAAAAAAAUUGUUCUUUUGCGAUGAUGCAUUUGGCUUGUCAAAAAAAUUUGGAAACACCAAAACUCAGUGGUAAUGACAGAAGAGAUCCUAAUCUGCCAUUACCACUGAGUUUUGGUGUUUCCAAAUUUUUUUGACAAGCCAAAUGCAUCAUCGCAAAAGAACAAUUUUUUUUAUUGCAUUAGGCUUGCCCAAAAAAUUUUGGAAACACCAAAACUCAGUGGUAAUGGCAGAUUAGGAUCUUUUUGUCAAAUUUUUUUCUGGCAGACCAAGAAUGGCUCCAUAGUGGGCUAUUCUUGGUCAAUUAGUAUAAGCUAGAAUGGGUUUCCGUUAAUGGAGAAAUCACUGGUGAAGUUGUUUUUGAUAAAUCAGCUACAGAUGGCCACGUUAUAAAGACUUCUCCACUCAAAGCAAGCUCAGAGCCAACUUAUUACUCAUACUUCGCGGAUAAGCCUUGUCAACCGUUUGACGACAUUGUUGAUGAAUUACUUGAGAAUUCGAUUUUCACUUAUUUCAAAAAGCCUUCUUCUUUUGAGAUGAGCAAUACCAAUCAUUUUAAUUAG